GUGUAACCUACAAUUUUCCCUGCAAUCUGCGCGAGGAUCACUCAUCAUCUACCACUGACGCCCUCAUAAUCUUUGGCUCAGCCUUCCUUGUUAGCUGAUUGACCCACAUCCAAGUAGAUCUCGUGUACUCGAAGUAUAUACAUACAUGCAGCCAGCCCGGAGCCAAGGGGGUGACAGGGAAGGUUCGAGUCGACCGUUGUCACAAGCAGACAUGGAAGCAAGCCAAGUCAUCUCAACUUGCAACUCUUAACUUUUUUUCCCUUUCAGAUGAACCUAGAAUAUAGACGAAUUUCCUUCUUUCUUUCGUUACGAUAAUAGUACAUAUUUGUCGUUGAUACUACUUAAUACCGAGGACACUUGCUUCAUGUCAGACUACGCUUAAGCUUUUCCCUAUACUUCUAGGAAAGCCAUGGCGCCAGUAUUUGGGCGUUGGUCCCUAUUGGCUGCCGUUGCUGGUGGCGUGCUUGGACAAACUUCUCUUAGCAAUGAUGGGACUACAGCAACAGAUUCAACGGUCACUGCAACCGAGGCUACCACACCGACCGGCACCUAUGAGUCGUUUUCUACCCAGAUAACACUGGGCACAGAGUUGGGGACGACCGGAAGUAUAGCGACUUCUAUGGGAACCGACAACGUAACCCGGUCCACGAUUAGCUCUUCGUCGUCCGAUACGGUGACGUUUUUGACCGGCUCUGCCGCGACGACGACAACAUUAGCCGGGAACUUUUCAUCCUCAACUACGUCGGCCAUCCCGACGGUGACCAACACACAGCCAUGCAACGAUUAUGCAGAAUUCUGCACCAGAAAAUACAGCAACAUCACCAAUGUUGCUUGCCACAAUUCCCCUUUCAUAACCCCGAACAACUUGGCAGCAAAUCAGCAAUACGAUGUCACAGCACAGUUGAAUGACGGCGUGCGAUUUCUCCAAGCACAAAUACAGUGGCCUACUGGUGGGAACGAGCCACAUUUUUGUCAUACGAGCUGUGAUAUUCUGGAUGCUGGGCCCAUCACCGACUGGCUUGGCCAGGUUAAGACCUGGGUUGCAGCCCAUCCGUAUGAUGUCGUUACUAUCCUCCUAGGGAAUGGAAAUUAUUCCGUUCCUAGCUUAUACGUGCCAUAUAUUGAACAAACCGGUAUAUUACGUUAUAUUUACACACCACCGGUAGCUCCCAUGACUCUAGAUGAUUGGCCAACAUUAAGCGAGAUGGUCUUAAGAGGUCAGAGAGUCGUUAUGUUUAUGGAUUACAUGGCCAACCAGACGGAAUAUCCUUGGCUCCUUGAUGAAUUCUCGCAGCUGUGGGAAACGCCAUUUGACCCAACCAACCAAAGUUUCCCCUGUACCGUUCAACGGCCGCCCGACCUGGCUGAAAAGGAUGCUAAAAACCGUCUGUACAUGAUCAACCAUAACCUUAAUGUUGAGCUGUCGAUUCUCGGGACCGAUAUGCUUGUACCCGCGCGGACUGAGCUGAAUGUGACAAAUAACGUCACGGGAACUGGUAGUCUUGGUCUUUCAGCCAAUAACUGCCGCAGCGAUUGGGGACGACCCCCUAACUUCCUGAACGUGGACUAUUACAACUCUGGAGGAUUCCCCGGAUCGGUCUUUGAAGUCGCUGCGCAGAUGAACAACGUCACGUACAACCGCAAAUGUUGUGGUCAAGCUACAAGCGGGGCGGAAAGGUUGCUCGGUAACGGAUUCAUAUACUCGUUGGCCAUGAUGGUACUGUUCUGGGCAUUUUUAUAAUCAUAGUCUGGGACCUAAAUUAACGUUGGCGCCAUUUGAUGGGUCACUGCGUUGGCGGCGUUUUCUAGACGGAGCGAAUACUGAACAUUG